AUGCGAAUCAUGCCCACCGGCACCCUUGAAGAAGAGAAAUGGUGCAAAAAGUCAGACAUGGGAAAUCAAGUGGAACCUGGGUCACGUGAAGCAAUGCCGGUCGGAAUUCCCAGAAUGAGACCUUUGAAGCUCUUCCUUCUCUUCACCUUUGUCCUCGUCGCUCUGAAACCAACACAAGCAGCUCGAGACAUCAUCUGUGAAGUCCUCGACAACACCUCCGAAACCCUUGACCCCAGAUUCGGGGACGAGAUCGGAUUUGGAUACGCUUUGGAAGCUUUAUCAGACGCUUCUGACUUUGUCUUUGAGACGUUCAAUCAAAGCAACGGUGGGGGAAGAGGCUACCCGACAGUUCUCAUGAUCAUCGAGAGCUUCCUCGCCAACGGAUAUUCCCCCACCAUCGCGACCAACAAUGGCAGCCAAUUCCGAGUGAACGCAGACUACCUCCAGGCCUACGUUGGUGACGUGAAGGCUGAGUUCACGGGGAUCGUAUACCACGAAAGCGCUCGCGUAUGGCAAUGGACAGGCAAUGAUACUGCCCCCAUUGGCCUUAUCACAGGCAUCGCUGACUACAUCCGAUUGAGGGCGAGAUGGCCAUCAAAGUAUUGGCCGCCGAGAGGAUCCGGUUGCAGAUGGGAUGAUGGGUAUGCUGUGACGGCGUAUUUCCUGGAGUUUUGCAGCAGGAAGAGGCGUGGGUUCGUGUCAGACCUCAAUGCGAUGAUGGAGAAUUCGUACUCUGAUUCGUUCUUCGUGAUCCUACUCGGUCAGUCUGUGGAUGAAUUAUGGAAGGAGUAUAUUAUGUCCCACAAUGAGACCGAUGUCCUAGAACCAGCAAUAGCACCAGAGCAUGGCGUACUGAAUUAAUCAAUCAGGUGACUAUAUGAGACAACUAUGAUAAUGUCUAGGGGGUGGUUUUCCUUUUUCCUCAUCUAUAAAUAUACGAUUCAAUAAAAUGUUGAGGAAGUACCAAAGCAGGAAAGAUUACUAAGGGUUCAUUAUGCAGGAGCUUGUAUUUUCAUUGCA